AUGUAUCCCAUAAACGAAUAAAGUUAACACUACUACCAAAAAAUAAGGAAUUUCCAUUAGGAGAAAUAAAGACUGAGUUGAUCUAAUCCAAGAUGUUGAUGAAACUAUUUAUAAGAAGAUUCUUGAAAUACUUAGAAGAGAAAAAGUAUCAGACAUCCUUGAAUUCUUUUCGAAGACAAACAAAUAAAACUUUUAUGAAUCUUUAAUCAAUAAGCAAGAGAAAUUAAAGGAUAUCAAGAAGUAGAUAAAGAAAAUCACAAAUGUAUUGAAAAAUAUUUAGGAUCAUAAAUUAAGUAAAGAUGACUAUUCUUCAGAGACUUAGGAAAAUUAAAGAUCCGAUCUAAUAAAGAGUGUGAAGAAUAACAAGGGAAUCAUAGAGUUUAUCAAAAUUGGUAGUUUUCCUUUCAAGUUUAGAUAUAAAAUUUAUUAAAUGUGGAUCAGAUUGGCUUAGUUAAUUAGUAUCCAUGAAGGUUGAUAUUAUAGACCAAUCCUUUGAGAAUAUCAGAAUAGAAAAUACAUCUUUAAUUAGUGGUAAUUUUGUUAGAUGCAACCUGAGUGGAUCUGAAUUUGAUAAUGUUGACAUUAGUGGAGUCAAUUUAAAUGGAGCUGAACUAUUCAAUUGUAAAUGGAAGAACCUAAAAAUACAUGAAUUGAACAAAUUAGAUGACCAUAGUGGUUGGAUCUUAUCAGUCUGUUUAUCUUCUGAUGGAAAUAUAUUAGCUUCUGGUAGUGGUGAUAAGUCAAUUCGAAUAUGGGAUGUCAAAAAGGGGAAAUAAAAAGUCAAAUUAGAUGGUAAUAGUGACACCAUCUGGUCAGUCUGUUUCUCUCCUGAUGGAAAUACAUUAGCCUCUGGUAGUGGUGAUAAAUCUAUUAGACUAUGGGAUGUUAAGAAUGGAAAAGAAAUUUUACCUGCUUACAAAACUUAUAAGGAUAUUCUUGCUUAAUUUCAAACACCGCUAUUUUAAAACAAUCCUCUGUUAUGUAUUUCUAUCAUUAUAAUUAUUUAGUAUCGAACAGUAUUACAGUUCUAAGAAUAUCUCAAAUUCCAUUAUUUUAAGCAUAAGGAGAUUUUGUAAAUUACGGGGGAUAAAAUUUUAGAUAAUUAUUUAAAUCUAAAGGAAGUUGCUUUUUAGAAGAUUUUAAAUAAAUGUGA